AAAGUCCAUCACUUUUCUUAAUCUCUCACUCACUCUCAUCACUAGCUUUACCCCCACACACACAACACUCUACUCUCAACUCCAAUCCCUGAAAAACCGACAAAUUGAACCAACUUCUAAGAUGGUGGUGGUUGCUCACGGUGGAAGCGGUGGCGGCCAGGCUUGCUCACCGCCACAGUUCAACAAAGCUAUUGCGGAAGAAAAACGAGUGGAAAUGGUGAGAGUCAAAUCAGAGCAAGUGACGUCUUCCUGCCACUUCUUGGAACAAAACGACGACGUUUCAAGCGACGAGUCUGAUAAGAAGAGGAGCAACUCGGAAAUGACGGAAGAAGAAGAGCCUCGCGUCAAAGAGGAGGCUGCUGAUGACGGCGCCGUUAACUUGUCGUCAUCUUCGUCGUCGGUGGAGUUGCCGAAACCGAUGGAAGGGCUUAACGAGGCGGGUCCGCCACCGUUUCUAAGGAAGACGUAUGAGAUGGUGGAGGAUCCGGAAACCGACCCGAUUGUUUCGUGGAGCGAGAAUCGCGAUAGCUUCAUCGUUUGGGAGUCUCACGAGUUCGCCAAAGUGCUUCUUCCAAAGUAUUUCAAGCACAGCAACUUCUCCAGCUUCAUUCGCCAGCUCAAUACCUAUGGCUUUAGGAAGGUUGAUUCAGAUCGUUGGGAGUUUGCAAACGAAGGAUUCCAAGGAGGGAAGAAGCAUUUGCUGAAGAACAUAAGGAGGAGAAGCAAGUACAACAAACUGCAUCAAGGAGCUUUCAUCGACCCAGCUAAGCCUUGCCUUGAGGCUGAAGUUGAGAAGCUGAAGGAGGACCAAAACAUACUCAAACUUGAAAUUCUGAAGCUGAGACAACAGCAAGAAAGUUCCCACAUUCAUAUCUCAAGCGUUCAGGACCGGAUUCAGAACGUCCAGACGAAGCAGUAUCAGAUGAUAUAUUUCCUCACCAGAAUGGCCAGAAAGCCAACCUUUAUGGAACAGCUCCUCCAAAAGAUUAAGAGGAAGAGGGAGCUCGAUGGCACCGACAUGCUCAAGAGGCGCAGAUUGCUGGAACCAACGCCUAGUGUUGAUUAUAGAUGCCAACAAGGUCAUCAUCAAUUGUCUACAUUGCAAUCUGAACUUAAUGGAAUAUUGUCUGAAAAUGUGAUGAACACUAGCAAUAAGAUAGAGCAAACUGUUCCUUCUCCUCUGGAAGAGAACCUAUUGGGGGAAAAUAAUGGUGGUGCUGAUGAAGAACUUGAUGUGAAUGACUCAAAUAUUUAUCUUGAGUUGGAGGAUUUGAUUACUAAGCCAACAGAUUGGGUUGGUUCUGCAUCUGCUGGUGGCUUAGUGGGGACAAACUAGUUGAAUCUUUACAUAAAUGAAUGCCUUGACAAUGGUUGCAAGAGGGUGUUUGUGCACAUCUCUACUACAACCAAAAGGAGAAGAGCUCAAUAUUUUAAGGCUCUUCAAUUGCUAGCUUUCAAAAGCAGUGAUCACAUGACUCCGAUCCUUGUGUUUCCUUUGUUUCCUUGGUGUUAGGACUCAGUUAUUGGUGUAGGAAUUCGCAUAUGAGCCUGUUCAUACCUUAGCCUCGUAUGUUGAAGUAGUUCCUAAUUAAUAACCUCUGAUGUAAUAUACUAGAGAAUGCUGUUGUAAAUUUUAGUAGCUUGGUUUACUAAAGAAGGAUGUAAUAAUGGAAAUGGAAAAAAACUCUAACUAGUUUAAGUUGCUACUGCUGCACAAGUAAACCUCCAAAUCCACUGUAA